AGUGACAGAGGUAAUAUGACAAUAGCUAGAAGUAUAACUCCUAUAUCAUGAAGUAAUAAUUAAUUAUAAUGAAGUAAUCGUCUGUCUGAAUGAACUAUCUGUUUAUAUAAUACUACUGGCAGGAAAAUAAUAUACCAAUGGCAGACGUUACUCGAUCAGCAAACUUCAGUGUUGAUGUUGUACUUAGGGGAAACUUAGAAGUUAAUUUAGUUGCAGAGGAUUUUAAUACGUCGUGUGUAGUUCAACAUGGAACAAAUGUGAGAUGGCAUACAGAUAAUGGGCCAAAGGAUGAUGGAGUAAAGUCAGUCAUUGAUGCUUACAAGGAAAUAGACAUGGAUGAUGAUGAUUUCAUGGAUAGUGGUCCAGUUGGUAAGCCGGUAGGGACUGAGGUCAUUGUUUACAAUGCUAACAAGAUCAAAACUUUGAAGGGUCUAAUGGAGGUACGUACUAGAACAGAGAAAAUUGUUUCUCAUGCAUUGCGAUCUCCAUUCGCUGACAGACCGGUUAAGAUUACAAACAAGCUCAGUAAAGAUGAGAAGGAAUCAUAUUACUGGAUUCUUGUAACACAUGAAAGAGACAGGUAUGAUUUCUAA